UCAACUGAUAGCACAAACAAGAAAGAUUCUAAAAUCGCAAAAAUUCCGAACUCAGUUUUUCUUAAAAAGUUUCAAGCAAUCGAGGAAAAAGCAAUGGCGUCAGACCAACAAAAGGCGGAGAGAGCUGAGGUUGCGGCGAGGCUCGCGGCUGAGGACUUGCAUGACAUUAACAAAUCUGGUGGUGGUGAUGUCACAAUGUAUAAGGUGACGGAGAGAACAACGGAACAUCCACCGGAGCAGGAGAGGCCCGGUGUGAUAGGAUCGGUGUUCAGGGCUGUCCAAGGAACAUAUGAGCACGCAAGAGACGCAGUAGUUGGAAAAACCCACGAUGCGGCUGAGUCGACCAAAGAAGGAGCUCAGAUAGCCUCAGAGAAAGCGGUUGGAGCAAAGGAUGCAACCGUCGAGAAGGCUAGAGAUACCGCUGAUUAUACGGCGGACAAGAUGGGUGAGUAUAAAGACUAUACGGUUGAUAAAGCUAAAGAGGCUAAGGACAAGACUGCAGAGAAGGCAAAGGAGACCGCAAGUUAUACAGCGGAUAAGGCGGUGGAAGCAAAGGACAAGACGGCGGAGAAGAUGGGUGAAUAUAAGGACUAUGCGGUGGAUAAGGCAGUAGAAGCGAAGGAUAAGACAGCGGAGACUGCGAAUUAUACGGCGGAUAAGGCUAAAGAGGCCAAGGACAAGACCACUGAGAAGAUGGGUGAGUAUAAGGAUUACACGGUGGACAAGGCCGUGGAAGCUAAGGACUACACGGCAGCGAAGGCUAUUGAAGCAAAGGAUAAGACAGCGGAGAAGACCGGAGAGUAUAAGGAUUAUACAGUGGAGAAGGCGACUGAGGGAAAAGAUGUUGGGGUGAGUAAGCUUGGAGAGUUGAAGGAUAGUGCAGUGGAAACAGCGAAGAGAGCUAUGGGUUUCUUGUCUGGGAAGACAGAGGAGGCCAAAGAAAAAGCUGUGGAGACCAAAGACACUGCCAAGGAAAACAUUGAGAAAGCUGGAGAAGUAACAAGACAGAAGAUGGAGGAAAUGAGAUUGGAAGGUAAAGAACUCAAAGACGAAGCUGGAGCAAAGGCCCACGAGGCAUCUCAAAAGACUAGGGAGAGUACUGAAUCGGCUGCUGAAAAAGCCCAGGAGACCAAAGAUUCUGCUGCUGUUAGGGGCAACGAAGCAAAGGGGACUAUACUUGGGACAUUAGGGAAUGUAACGGAAGCCAUAAAGAGCAAACUGACGAUGCCAUCAGACAUUGUGGAGGAGACACGCGCGGCACGUGAGCAUGGAGGGACGGGUAGGACGGUGGUUGAAGUCAAGGUCGAAGAUACAAAGCCGGGUAAGGUGGCGACUUCACUGAAAGCGUCGGAUCAAAUGACCGGUCAAACAUUCAACGAUGGUGGACGGAUGGAUGAUGGCGCUCGGAAAGAUAAGGGAAAGCUGUGAGAUACUAGAAAAUGACAUGUUUUUUGGGUCUUUGUUAUGUAUGGAUGGAUAUGUCUGUUGUAGCAGAUAUACAUUUUCAAGAUAAUUUCUAAUUCCCGUGUUUGUAUUCUUAUUUUGGAAAAGAGAAGCUUUCUAUU